GCCAGCUCCGCGGGGCCGCAGUCUAGUGGGGUGCGAAGGCUGUGUCAGACAGCCCGGCUGCCAUGGCGUCCUAUUUCGAUGAGCACGAUUGCGAGCCGUUGGAUUCCGAGCAGGAGGCCCGAACCAAUAUGCUGUUGGAGCUCGCAAGGUCACUUUUCAAUAGGAUGGACUUUGAAGACUUGGGGUUGGUAGUAGAUUGGGAUCACCACCUGCCUCCACCUGCUGCCAAGGCUGUGGUUGAGAACCUUCCCAGGACAGUCAUCAGGGGCUCUCAGGCUGAGCUCAAGUGCCCCGUGUGUCUUUUGGAAUUUGAGGAGGAGGAGACUGCCAUUGAGAUGCCUUGCCAUCACCUCUUCCAUUCCAACUGCAUUCUACCCUGGCUAAGCAAGACAAAUUCCUGUCCCCUGUGCCGCCAUGAGCUGCCCACUGAUGACGACACUUAUGAGGAGCACAGACGAGAUAAGGCUCGCAAGCAGCAGCAAAAGCACCGACUUGAGAACCUCCAUGGAGCCAUGUACACAUGAGGUGCCUGGGGCGGAGCACCUGUCUGCCACAGCAUCUUCCUCUUGCACCUGAAUCCUCAUUAAAGAUUUCUUUACCCACCCUGCACUGCAUUGCUCACAGGCCUGGGCAGAGUCUCUGCACCCUGCAUAAGGUCCCUACUGCUACUGGGGAAGAGAGGCCUGAACCACAGAAAGCACCAGGCUGUGUGUCCCUUCCUGCCAAGCCUACUGGCCCGAGAGCAGUGGAACCCAGGUCAAGAACCUGGCCACUAGACCAGCCAGUGCUUGGGCCUACGUGCUCAUCAUUGGAAAGCAAAAUGGGUCAGGGUCUGGCAUCCAAUGGCGACUUACAGAUGGUAAAGAAAAAUCAGCCUACAUCUCUCUCUCCUGCAAUUUUUAGUCAACCUUGGAAUCCCACAGGCUUUCUUUAGCUUCAUUGUGAAAAUUGCUUCUAGCAUUUUAAAGUUGUUCUAUGGAUGACCCCCCCCCCCCACCGCCCAAUAUCCCUUACUAAGGAAGCCAACUUCAAACCACACUCUGAGUGGGGGAAGGAUCAUGUCAAUUCUUCAGACAGUUUAAAGGCCUAGAAAGGGUUUCAAGCCCUUGAGGGGUAUUUGGAUGGCACCAGGCAUCCUUUAUUCUUAGCAGCCCUGCUCUCAAAGAGCAUUGGGCACUCAGACUCUCCCUGAGGGCAGGGGUUUCUUCCCAUCCUUUGCCUAGGGAAAGCCGUCCUGGCUUAGGCCCUCCCUUGAUUCUUUAGAACAUACUACAAACAUGCAAAUUAGAAUUCUUUUAAUAGAUUAAAAAAAAAAAGUACUAAAAUA